CGUGUAUGUGCGAAGACCGCUCACAGAGUUGUGUCAACGAACUUUACGAAGCCCCCAGUGAAGUGAAUGAUACUGUGUAAAACGAUGGGCGACCGACCGAAAUGGUGUGUACCUGUAGGGCUGUUGUUCCUUGCUUGCGUCCUGGGUUCCAUGGCGGCUGAGACCCUCGAAGAAAAAAUGAAAAACGAUCCGGACCUGUCAGAGUUCUAUGGUCAACUGGAGUUAUCGCAACUGGCAGCAUUCGCCCUCAAACACAAACAAGUGACAGUAUUUGCACCGAUUAACGCUGCCUUUCAAAAUGCCCCCCUGAUCAAGGACGACAAUGACACUUUGGUUUUAUACCACUUGAUUAGCGUUCCCAAGAGGACCGAUCAAUUAGGCAGUUCUUAUACAUCCCUUUCUUCGGAGCUCUCUGGUAAUCCCCCAUUAUGGAUCACACACAUCAGUGGCAGAUACCACGACGAUAUUUAUGUGAACAACGCCAGGAUUUUCAUCAGCCAGUCUGACAUCCAGAUCUCUGGGAAGGAUUUUAUUCAAGUGCUCCAUAAAAUUGAUCAAGUUUUGAUCCCCACGAGGUCUCCCAGGACAGCAUCAAAUGCUGUUUACAACCCCACUGCCUGGGAAUUUUUAGAGAACUAUGAAUCUCUCAUUCAGCACCCGCAUAGACUUCGAACUUUCCGCCAAAAGGUUAUAGAAUUCUCUAAGAAGAACAUCUUCCAAACAGAAGGCGGCCACACAUUCUUUAUUUCGGUUGAUGAAGGAUUUGAGAACGAACGUCCGAAUUUAAUCGAUGACAAAAUAAUUGAUAGCCACGUCAUUCACGGAAAAGUGCUGUUUACGAGUCCCACAAAGAAGGAUGUUCCUUUUAAGACUUUGGCCUACAGCGACAAUAUCAAGGUCGUCAUUUCUUUCACACAAGAGCAACAAGGAACAAUCGUCACAAAUUUCGUUAAAAGCCACAAUCUCUAUGGUGACUCCAAGCAUACCCCCGGCGUUGUUUUAGCUAAAAUUGUAAAACCCAAUAUUCCCGUAAAGAAUGGAGUUAUUCAUCUUAUUCACAAGCCUCUCAUGGUUGUGGACGGUACUGUAAGAAGCUUGUUGCAGGAACACAUGGACUAUAUUUGCAACAUAGGCAAUGUCCCUAGAAAGAAGAACAUUAGCAAUCUGGAUCCAAAAUACUCAGAAACUCCCGAAUAUACUCAAGGCGUUUUCGAAAGGGACGAUGGGAUCCUGAGUAAUUUCCUUAAUGCCAUCAAAGACGUCGGACCGGAGGGACAGGAAUUUUUGAAAACAAUUGAACGGUCCCAUGACGUUACCUUAUUUGCUCCAUGCAACAAAGCUCUCGAGGACGAUUUGAAACAGAACGCCAUCCUUGCAGACCCUAGGAAGUUUAUGGAAUUGGUGAAGAUGCAUCUGAUUGUCGACGACAGGCUCUACAUAAACAAGAUUGUAGACAAAAACAUUCACAAGGCAAGCACUUUGAAUAAGGGAAAAAGUCUGUACUUCAACUUUGUAAACAAUGGAACCGUGCUAACUGUCGAGGGUGGAGGUGUCACCGCUACUGUAAUCCAGCCAGACUUGGCGGCCACAAACGGUAUCAUUCACGUCAUAGACCGUGUUCUGGGGAUACCAUAUAAUACAGUUUAUGAUAAAUUAAAGGCCGACCCUACGCUCAGCAAUACCUUUUCUUUGGGAAACCUACAAGGAUUCAAUAAAAUAUUAAACGACACAAGCAAGAAAUUCACAUAUUUCGUACCACGGAACAAGGCUUGGGCUGAUGCGAAAGUUAAACUUCCUUCUGCUAUAAAGAAACUGUUCAUGGGAGAAUAUGCCUUCCACGCCACCAGCACCCUGGAACGUCAUCUUGUUAUAUCCGACUUGGUCUACACAAUGGAGAGGAUCAAACAAUUGACGAACGAGACAGACUCUUUCGGCCGGAGACGAGAUGUUGAACUGCCUGCCAUGAGGGGAUCACUGAAACUCUACGUCAACGAAGUAAAAGACAAAAAUAAUCCUUCAUCAAAUACAACAUUUAGUAUUAUGUGGAAUGGAGAAGAAAUACCUGUAUUCAGACCAAAUAUAGAAUGCACCAAUGGAAUUAUUCAUGUCAUAGAUGCGCCAUUCUUAAGGGAAGGAGAUAUUCGAGUUAGCAGUGGCUGUAUUAUAAUGUUUGCACCAGAGCUAUUCAUGGUACUGAUCGCUAAAAUCUUAUUUCUUUAAUGAAAUUGUCAUUAAUUUAGAUAUAAAUUAAUGAAUUUGAAGAGCAAAUCAAUAAGUAACAGGGUUUUUGUAAAGAGUUGUACAUUUGUGGAUUGGUUUUCUUUUUUGGCAGUAAUUUCUGCGACUCUUUAUAUUAACUUUUGUAUCAUACAUUCUAUCACAUUUCAUACAAAAUUUUUCAUAAUCGAAUUAUAGGCAUAUAAUAAUAAUACCUAAUACAAUACAUUCUUUGUGUGAACUACAAAAGAUAUCUUAAGGGAUAAACUCUAUUUCUUUUUGUUAGGAAUUUUAUAUUUUCUGUACUAACAAAUUUUCUCUUCAAUUUAUUUUUUGUAAAUACUCCUGUCCUCUGGUAAGAAACAAUAUGAUGAAUGCGUUUAGAAAUUCAUAUACAUAUAUGAAAUAGCUAAGUAAAAGUGUUGAUCUCUGGUAAAGUCUAUAUAUUGUCAUGAUUUUUCUAUUUACAAGCUAAAUAAACAUAUAUUAAAAGUCUUUUAAAUUUAUUGCGAAGCAAAAAUUAAAUCCGCAUAAGUAACUUUCAUAAACCAAAUUGAAGCAUUUCAGUUGUUUACAGCUAGGAUAUAACUAUUUACCUUUAAUCUAGUGUUUCUACAUUCCAUAGAACUUCACAAAAGUGAGAGAAUUAUUAAUAAUACGUAUGUCUAUGUCGAUUAUUAUUCUCCUGACUAAUUUGAUAACUUUCACUUUGCAGUUUGCAGUUAAUCAUCUCAAACAUAAGUUCGGAAUUAUUUCCCUAUUUACUAUAAAAACCCUAAAUUUAUUAAAGUUAUUAUUAAAUCCUACUUUAUAUUAAAUCCUACUUUAUAUUUUAUAACAGUUUGCUUUUAGCUCCCUCAUAAUUUGUAUAUACGUGUGAUGUGUAUAAAUGUUUAUAUUUUUGACAGCAAAUAUUUAUAUUUCUUAGAGUAAUGUUUAAUGUAUCUAAAUUACCUAGAAUUUUUAUUGUUCUAAUAUAUGCUUUUGUAUCCAUAGUUUUAAGAAUGGAUUUUUUGGGCACUGAAAUGCUUCAUAUUGAUAUUAAAUAUACAAAGUACUAAAAUCAAAUCACUGCAAGAAAAUUAAACACAUAUAUAUUAAAAAUCUAAUUGGGUAUUGAAAACUAUUUUUUAAAGUUUUUAAUUUUUCCAGUUUAGUGAAACUUAAAAUUAAGUGCAAUGUGAACUUUGUAUAUUUAUUAUGUGAUAACCAAAGAGCUAUAAGUCACUUAACACUGUUAAAGGUUAGAAUAAAAGACAGAUUUAUUCUUAGGGUAUGUUAUAUCAUAGUCCAUUCUAUAGAUCUUUUAUCUUUAAAUUGACUGACUGAAUCAAAAAAUCUAUUAUCUGUGUUGAUAUUGAUUCAAAAAUAUUUUUGUUGCAAGCAAACGAUUUAGAUAAAUAAAUAAUUAAUAAUGUUGCAAUAAUAUUAAGAAUAUAUGUAUAAAAAAUGACCGUACCAUUUAAAUAAUAUAAUGAAACAGUAAUAGAUGUCUAUAAGCUUCAUUAGAAACUACAUAGCCCUUAAUUGUGUGUAAAACAUAAAUAUGCACUGCCAAUGUUAAUCUAAAAACGUUUCUUAUUUAUAAACUGGUAAUUUUGGAUUAUCUGAAUUUCAUGUAUGAAUAUAAAGCCUACUUGAAUAUAUUACAAUUAAAUUGACAAUGGCAAUCAUAUAAGUAACGACUUUUUUUAUGUUACAUUUGAGUUAAUUCUACUAUUUUAUGAAUUAUGAUUUCUGUAAUAAUAUUUUGUAUAUAUUUCAAGUUUCUACAAAUAUUUUCAUUAAAGCAUUCAGUGCUCUCUAC